AUGAGGUCUGCCUCUAGGUUUCUCGGUGCCCUCGCGGCGGUGGCUUCGCUGCCGUCUGCGUUUGGCCAAAACAACGUGCCCAACACCUUCACUGACGCGGAGACGGGUAUUGUCUUCAACUCCUGGGGCAUUCCCAAUGGCAGCCCUCAGUCCCAAGGUGGGUGGACCUUUGGUAUGGCCCUUCCCUCGGACGCCCUUUCCACGGACGCUACCGAGUUCAUCGGUUACUUGGAUGCGGCUGGCUGGUGCGGUUUCUCCCUCGCCGGUCCCAUGACCAACUCCCUCCUCAUCACCGCUUGGCCACAUGAGGACACCGUCUACACCACCCUUCGGUACGCCGGUGGCUACGCCAUGCCCGACAAGUACGCCGGCAACGCCGAGAUCACCCAGAUCCGCUCCAGCCAAAACUCCACACACUUCUCCCUGGUUUUCAGGUGCAAGAACUGCUUGCAAUGGGAUCACAACGGCUCAACCGGUGGGGCCUCGACCAGCGGCGGCUUCUUGGUUCUUGGCUGGGUUCAGGCUUUCCCCUCGCCUGGCAACCCGACUUGCCCUGAUCAGAUCACCCUCGAGCAGCACGACAACGGUAUGGGCAUCUGGGGCGCCGUUCUCGACGAGAAUGUUGCCAACCCAUCCUACACUGCCUGGGCUGCUCAGGCUACCAAGACCGUCACUGGCGACUGCGGUGGUCCCGUUGAGACCGGUAUCAUCGGUGUGCCUGUUCCUACUGGCACCGCCUUUGACUACAUUGUCGUUGGUGGUGGUGCCGGUGGUAUCCCCACCGCUGAUAAGCUCAGCGAGUCUGGCAAGAGCGUUCUCCUUAUCGAGAAGGGUAUUGCCUCCACUGGCGAGCACGGCGGUACCUUGAAGCCCAAAUGGCUUGAGGGCACUCAACUCACCCGCUUCGAUGUCCCCGGUCUUUGCAACCAGAUCUGGGUUGACAGCAACGGUAUUGCUUGCACUGAUACCGACCAGAUGGCCGGUUGCGUCCUCGGUGGUGGCACUGCUAUCAACGCUGGUCUCUGGUUCAAGCCUUACUCUCUCGACUGGGACUACCUCUUCCCUACCGGCUGGAAGGCCAAGGACGUUGCUGGCGCCAUCAGCAGGGUCUUUUCCCGCAUUCCCGGCACUGACACGCCUUCCCAGGAUGGUCAGCGUUACCUCCAGCAAGGUUUCAAUGUCCUUGCUGGCGGUCUCCGGGCUGCUGGCUGGCAGCAGGUCACGGCUAACAACGCCCCUGACCGCAAGAACCGCACCUUCUCCAACACCCCUUACAUGUUCUCCGGUGGUCAGCGUGGCGGCCCCUUGGCUACCUACCUUCGCACCGCCAAGACCCGCCCCAACUUCAACCUCUGGCUCAACACCGUCGUCAAGCGUGUGAUCCGCACCGACGGCCACAUUACCGCCGUUGAGGUCGAGCCCUUCAGAGAUGGUGGCUACAAGGGUAUCGUCAAGGUCAAGGACGUCACCGGCCGUGUCGUUCUCUCUGCCGGUACUUUCGGCAGUGCCAAGAUCCUCCUCCGCUCCGGUAUUGGUCCCGCCGACCAGCUCGAGAUCGUCAAGAACUCGGUCCUCGACGGCCCUGACUUCAUCAACAACGCCUCGUGGAUCAACCUCCCCGUUGGCUACAACUUGGAUGACCACCUCAACACCGACACCGUCAUCAGCCACAACAACGUCGGCCCUGCCUUCUACGACUUCUACCAGGCCUGGACCGCCCCCAACACCACCGACGCCAACAAGUACCUCUCCUCCCGCUCUGGCAUUCUCGCCCAGUCGGCCCCCAACAUUGGCCCCAUGUUCUGGGAGGAGAUCAAGGGCGCCGACGGCAAGGUCAGACAGCUCCAGUGGACCGCCCGUGUCGAGGGCUCCUUUGACGUCCCCAACGGCUACGCCAUGACCAUGUCCCAGUACCUCGGCCGCGGCGCCACCUCGCGCGGCCGCAUGACCAUCACCCCCUCCCUCACCACCAUCGUCUCCGACGUCCCCUACCUCAAGGACCCCAACGACAAGGAGGCCGUCAUCACUGGCCUGAACAACCUCCGCGCCGCCCUCAACAACGUCCAGGGCCUGACAUGGAACUACCCCCCCGCGUCCAUGUCCUCGCGCGAGUACGUCGACGCCAUCCCCGUCACCCCCGGCGUCCGCCGCGCCAACCACUGGAUGGGCACCAACAAGAUUGGCACCGACGACGGCCGCCUCGGCGGUACUGCGGUUGUGGACCUCAACACCAAGGUGUAUGGCACCGAUAACUUGUUUGUUGUUGAUGCGUCCAUCUUCCCUGGUACUCCCGCUACCAACCCGAGCAGUUAUAUCGUUACUGCUGCUGAGCACGCCUCUGCCAAAAUUUUGGCGCUGCCGCCUGCGCAGGUGAAUGCCAAGUGGGCGCAGUGCGGGGGGAAGAACUGGACGGGGAGCUUCCAGUGCGCUGCGGGGAGCACGUGCCAGAGGCAGAAUGAUUGGUAUAGUCAGUGCCUUUAA